AUGACCCUCUCAUCACUUCUCCGCAUUACUCCUCGCCUCGCCCCGACCGUGACCCGCAGAGCAACGAGAGCUGCGUCGUCGGUGGCUGGCAAAACCCAGACAACCAAGUCUCUAGACUCAAUUCUUAUUGCUAACAGAGGAGAAAUUGCCCUGCGUGUUGGACAGACUGCGGCAGAGCAUGGCAUCCGCGUUACGACCCUCUACACUGACCCAGAUAGUCGAUCCCAGCAUGCUUUGAGCUCACCGCAUGCGUUCAAUUUGGGUUCGGUGUCGGCAUACUUGGAUGGGGAUCGGAUUAUUGAGAUUGCGAAGAAGGAAGGGUGCCGAGGGAUACACCCUGGUUACGGAUUUUUGAGCGAAAAUUCUGCCUUUGCCCGGAAAUGCACAGAAGCUGGACUUGUGUUUAUCGGCCCACCAUGGAAGGCGAUUGAAGAUAUGGGUGACAAGAGUCGCUCCAAGGAGAUAAUGCUCGCGGCAGGCGUGCCCUGCGUCCCCGGUUACCACGGCCACAACCAAGAUCCCGCAUUCUUAGAAACCGAGGCCGACAAGAUCACAUAUCCAGUGCUUAUCAAAGCAAUCAAAGGAGGCGGUGGCAAAGGAAUGCGUAUUGCUAGCUCCAAAGCCGAGUUCCAGGCUCAGUUGGAAUCAGCAAAGUCGGAGGCUAUGAAUUCAUUUGGAGAUGACCACGUCCUCGUCGAGAAAUACAUUACGACCCCUCGCCAUAUCGAGGUUCAGGUAUUUGCAGACAAGCAUGGAAAUUCCGUCGCUUUGGGAGAGCGAGACUGCAGUAUCCAGCGGAGACACCAGAAGAUUCUUGAGGAGUCACCGGCGCCGCAUCUCCCCGAUGCAACCCGAAAGGAUAUCUGGGCCAAAGCUCGAGCUGCAGCUCUGGCGGUUGGAUACGAAGGUGCAGGGACAGUGGAGUUCAUCUUUGAUAAUGACUCGGGCGAGUUCUACUUCAUGGAGAUGAACACCCGCCUGCAGGUUGAGCAUCCCGUCACGGAGAUGGUCACGGGCCAGGACCUGGUCCACUGGCAGAUCCUAGUGGCCGAAGGGGCUCCGCUACCUCUGACACAAGAACAAGUGGAAGAGAAAAUCGCCCAGAGUGGACACGGCAUCGAGGCCCGAAUCUACGCCGAAAAUCCCGACCAGGGAUUCAUUCCUGACUCCGGCCGUCUGAUCCACGUCCGUACCCCCGCAACCACAGAUGACAUCCGCAUUGACGCCGGGUUCGUGGAAGGAGACGACGUCUCGGCCCACUACGAUCCGAUGAUCGCCAAGUUGAUCGUCAGGGGAGAAACACGCGAGGAGGCGAUCCGGAAACUCGGCGCCGCGCUGGAGCAGUACGAGGUGGCUGGCCCAGUUACCAACAUCGAGUUCCUGAAGACCAUCUGUCGCAGCCCGGAUUUCAUUGCGGGUGCGGUCGAGACUGGCUACAUUGAAAAACACCGCGACGAGCUAUUCACCCCUAAGAUUAUUGACGAUGAAGUGCUCGCGCAGGUUGCGCUGGCUUGUCUACACCGAGACUCUCGCACCGCACCCCAACCGUCCGGGCUCGCGGGUGCGGUCGGGUUCACAUCCAGCUAUCAGCAGCGGCAGCUGUCAUUUACCGAGUCAACGGGGCCUAACCACGACGGUCCCACCUACAGCGUGCGUGUGCAGCAGACAGCAGACCAAACCUUCAAUGUUGAGAUCGGGGAUAGAGUGUUUGAGCAAGUCGAAAGCCGCAUGGACCCCGCCUCGCACGUCGUCACCUCCUUUUUCCCUCACACGCGCCUAGAUACUACGGUUGUCCGAGACGAAGACACCAUUAUCGCAUUCCAGCGAGGCAUGCAAUACCGACUAACAGUGCCACGGGCGAAGUGGAUGGAGAAAGCACUUGGUUUGAAGGACGUUGCCAAUAGCGUGCUCGCCCCGAUGCCCUGUAAGGUUCUGCGGGUGGAGGUGCAGGCCGGACAAGCGGUAGAGAAAGACCAGCCGCUGGUGGUUAUUGAGAGCAUGAAGAUGGAGACGGUGAUCCGCAGUCCGCAGCGGGGAACAAUUGCCCGCGUCGUCCAUCAACAAGGAGACCAAUGCAAAAGCGGAACGCCCCUGGUGGAAUUCGAAGAAUCGGAGUAA